AUGCUGGUACCAAUUGUAGCAUUGGGAAAUAUGCGGGAUUUACCACAUCGAAAGGUCGACAGCGAUUUUGCGUAUAGUUGGGCAGCUCGAGAACGAGUGAAAUUGUACGAAGUUUCGGCAAAGGAUCGCAAUACUUUGGUGGAUUUUGUACAGUACUUGGGUCAACGACAUUUCCAUCCCAUCAAAGAAUCGAAAUUCUCGUUGCCGAAAAAGUUGAGAUCCGAGAAGUCCAAUGCUGCCAUAUUGAUGGAUUUGUGA